CUUCGGGCCCUGCGUGCGCGCCUCCGCCGCCGCUCGCGGAAGGCGGGGAGAGGGCGUGCGUGCGCGCUCCGCGGGUCAGCGAAGCCGCCGGCCCCGGCACGUGACCCGGGACCCGGUCGGUCGGUGGCCCGGUCCGCCCGUCCCCUAGUCCGUCGGUCCGUCCGUGGGUGCCAUCAUGACGGAGGCGGCCAGUCAGGUGCUGCUGGGCUCGGGCCUCACUAUCCUCUCGCAGCCGCUCAUGUACGUGAAGGUGCUCGUACAGGUGGGAUAUGAGCCUCUUCCUCCGACUUUGGGAAGAAAUAUUUUUGGGCGUCAAGUCUGUCAACUCCCUGGGCUCUUUUGUUAUGCUCAACAUAUUAUGAGUAUCGAUGGAAAAAGCGGGCUCUUUAAAGGCUUAACUCCCAGACUGUGUUCUGGAGCCAUCGGAACUGUGGUCCACAGUAGAGUUUUGCAGCGAUACCAGGAUUGUGACAAGGCUGAGGAGUUAAAACAAGGACCUCCACCUUCUGCAGAAAAAGAUGGCCCAUCCAGCUUUGACAAGGUUAUUAAGGAGACGACUCGUGAGAUGAUGGCGCGUUCUGCGGCUACCCUCGUUACACAUCCCUUCCAUGUGAUUACCCUGAGGUCUAUGGUGCAAUUCAUUGGCAGAGAGACCAAAUACUGUGGACUGUGUGACUCCAUAGUAACCAUUUACCGAGAGGAAGGCUUCCUAGGAUUCUUUGCGGGCCUUAUUCCUCGCCUCCUGGGGGACAUCAUUUCCUUGUGGCUCUGUAAUUCAUUGGCCUACCUCGUCAAUACCUAUGCACUGGAGAGUGGGGUUUCUACCAUGAAUGAAAUGAAGAGUUAUUCCCAGGCUGUUACUGGAUUCUUUGCCAGUAUGCUGACCUAUCCCUUUGUGCUUGUCUCCAACCUGAUGGCUGUCAACAACUGUGGGCUUGCUGGUGGAUGCCCUCCGUACGCCCCCAUUUACACUUCCUGGUUAGACUGCUGGUCUAUGCUGCAAAAAGAGGGAAACAUGAGUCGCGGAAAUAGCUUGUUUUUCCGGAAGGUCCCCUUUGGGAAGACUUACUGUUGUGACCUGAGGAUGUUAAUUUGAAGAUGUGGGGCAGGGGCAAUGACAUUUCUGUAGUCCCAGAUGCACAGAAUUAUGGGAGAGAAUGUUGAUUUCUAUACAGUGUGGUGCGCUUUUUUUUAAUAAUCAUUUAAUCUUGGGGAAAUGGAGGUGUUUGGUGUCUGCCUUUUUUGUUCAUUUCCCGAUGCAAGCUGCUUUACUGCUGAGAUUCCCCAAUGAUUCUUUUUCCUGAAAUGGGCAGUUUUUGCUUUAGGUUUAGCUAUGAUUUACAUAAAGUAAAAUUGCACUUUUCUAGAGGAAUGGGCAGGUUAUUAUGGAAUUUAGGCCUUGAUUUUAAACUUUUUAAGAAUGACAAAUCGUUAAAUUCUGAACAGGAAUAGAAACAGCUUUUGAAAUGUCAGAAAAAUUAAUAAAGCAGUUUUCUAGGAGAUAAAUAAUUACUCUCCUUGUGGACUCUAAGGAGAUGGUAGGAUCCCCACGGAGCCUACUUCCCCUUAUGUGGCUCUGAAUAAGUUUCUCUGGCCCUAUCCCUCAUUCUGCACAACUCAAUGGAAAUAGAAGUGAGUUUUGAAAAGGACAUGUCAACAACAGCAAAGAUUAUUUUUAAAUUCCUGUAACCAAAAUGAAAGCUGACUUGGUAAUGACUUCAACCCUCCUUCCCUAUAAGCUCCACAACAAACCCUGUAAAGUAGAAAACACAAAUUAGAAAACUACUACAGUGCUGUCCUUGGUCCUUUCUAUGAGCUGUGUCCUUGCCAUACCCAACAGUGCAUUAUAAUUUGAUUUUAACUGUA